AUGACGACCGAUGCGCUCGCUCAGAUGGCGGUUGCCCUUGCAGAAGCCAGCCCAGGAGGGGUCCCGGGGAGCCAGGUCCCAGCCCUGCUCCGGGCCGUCUCGGCGCUGGCUGGGCACGCAGCUUCUUCUUCGAAACCGCCCGUGCAGCGCCGGAAGAAGCUCCGUUCGCAGCUACACGUGACACUGGUGCAGCAGGAGGUGCAGAUCGAGGCGAUGCAGCCGGCGGAGCAGUCGGCGGCAGUGGCGGUGGCGGAGGAGCUGCAGCAUUACCUCCCCCUGAUUGGCUAUGUGCCGGGCUCUCCUGGGGCUGCCCUCGGGCCCGGCCCUGGAGCUUUGGCGCGGCUUGCUGCUUCGGCCCGGGGCGACCCGCUUGACCUUGUUGCGGCAGCCACGUCCGUCUUGCGCUGGCUAGACGGGAGGCUGUGUUGGAUCCUCGUUGAGUAG